AUGAGCAGCUCCGGUCCGUUUCGCGAUAAUCUGCGGAGCCAAAGCUCUGUGCAGCUUAUGGGAUUUAUCAAUCAAUGUGUGCAAGAGGAUGUGAAUGAAACAACGGAAGAGGGUGAGCUGCGUAUUCGCGGUUAUGAGACGCUACUGGGUACAAGCACAGCUGUGCUAUCGUGUAUUCAAGUACUACGUCGAAUCAUUCGCGAAUAUGCUUACGGUCGCAUGGGACGGGAAUUGCAACACUUGUCGCUAACUGUCGCAUCCUUUGAACGUGUCCUCUAUACUUUUAUUAAGGAAGAGAUCGUCAUGGCUUCCAAACAUUAUACCAGUCGGCCAUCUGUUGACUUUCGAACAAAAACGGCAUUAAAAGAUAUUAUUCCAUUAAUUCAUACGGAUGAACGAUAUACAAUUUUAUCAGGAGGCAUUGCGUCGCUUUUGCGGCAUGCUACCAAGUCGCUAGAAGAGACGCGACAGGUGCUUGAAGAGCUACAAUCCGGAUAUAAUCCAGAUCGUGAAAAUCGAUGGUCGAGAACGUCCAUAGUACUUGCAAUAACGUUUAUGUUUUUAUACAAACGCUUUCGCAUUCGUACGUCAUUUAAGCAAUUUCUACUGCAAGUAUUGCCGACAAGGCAAAUGAUCAAGUGGGGAAUUGUACUUCUAGUGGCAGCAGAUUACUGGAAUCGAGCCAUGUAUCGAUUUUCCAAUCUUCGACGCAUCAAAGUACACCACGCUCGGGUAUUAAUGGCGUUACGAUUGUUUUUGCUCUGUCAACAUGUGCUACAGCGUGCAAGGCCGAUUAGUAACGCGUCAGAUCAUCGUUUAUUGAUUGAUAAUCCAAUGGAAGCAGAUAUUGACGACGAUUUGAAGAAUGCUACAACAUUAUUAGUUGAAAGAGUGCCGCUACCUGCUGAAUACUAUGAUUGGUCGUCAGAACCAUGGGGAUUUACUGCUUUUAAGAUCGGCACGAAUGUUUUAAUUGCCUCUAGUGCUUUUGCCCAUUCCAUUAUAGGACAGCGUAAUAAGCUUCUGCUGAAGUUUCUUGGUCCCCCAUUGCUUGUGAUGGCUAUUCCGUAUUACGCAAUUCGUAACGCUAAAGCAGCUCGAUACACAACCCGAAUACUUAUAGACCAUCCAAAUGUAGACGUAAUUCGCAUGGGCUGGCAAGUGUUUGGGGAGUCUAGACUUGUUCGAUUGAUCACAAGCUUUCAGCGUCCGAAAAUCCCUGUCUUUGAGGAGCAGUUUCUUACAGCAGAUGGAUCUAGCCUCAGCAAGGAGCGCAAUAAUUCGUCAGAUAUUGGUCUUUAUCUUUUCAGUGUACGUCCAAUGGAUUCUGUAAAGGCUGGAACUUGGAUGAAUGCUUGCACGCCUUUAACCACGCGAAUGAUUGCAUGCGGCUUGCCAUCAACGCGCCCUGUUCUUCUCUAUAUACACGGUGGAGGUUUUUUUGGACGAUUCAUUGCAAAAGACUUUUACAACUUAACAAAUUGGGCUUGUGUGUUGGGUGCAGUAAUCGUUUACGUGGAUUACGGGCUCGCUCCAGAAAUGCACUACCCAGGCUCCUUAGACCAAUGUUACAUUGUAUAUAAAUGGAUUCUUAGCGGUGGAUUGGGAUUCUCUCCUAGCAAGAUUGCAUUGUUUGGUGAAAGUGCUGGUGCAAACAUGGGAGCUGCGCUUUGUAUUCGCUGCAUUCAGGACGGUGUCGAACUACCCAGUGGAAACGUCUUUAUGUUUCCAGCUUUGAAUUUACACUUGUCCCCAUCGCCAUCACGAUUUAUCCACCAGAACGACCCUGUACUACCACGUGGUAUUCUCGAAUUGGCACUUACAACAUACUACCCUUCACACGGCCAUUCGAAUCAAUACAAGCACAACAUUCACGACCCGUGCGUAUCCCCUGGAUUGGCAGAAGACUCCUUACUUGAGAAAUUCCCACCAACGUCACUUGUGGUUGGCGAUCUCGAUCCACUUCUGGACGACAGCGUCGACUUUUAUACGCGACUUUCAUAUCUGAAAGUGCCGUCAUCAUUAAAAAUUUACUCAGGGCUUUCGCAUGGUUUUCUUAUAUACGGAGAUUUGGUACCGGAAGCUCAAACAGCUAUUGAUGAAACGUGUGAGCGCGUACAGAAUUGUAUCCGGUUGCGCAAAGAAUCUUGUCAAUAG